AUGGCCCCGCCGCCUGGAAUACCGGUUCCGUCAGGCUGGCCAGCCUCAGCAGAGUUGGGCAAACAAGUGAACAGCAACAUCACUGACGGAGGCCAUGAUGAAGAAGACGAGAGCGGAGAUAUGGCAGCAGAAUACAUGUUUAGACAGCUCGGCGUCAAAGGCAUCACGAAUCUAGCCUCAUACGACAACCCCAUGCAGAAGGCCGCCCAGAAGAAGCUGGCUCGAGCCCGUGUUCCUCUCGCUGCGAGUGGCCCUAACACUCUGCGGGCUGUGACCCCAUUAUAUGGACGCCAUUUAGCACCGUCUGUGAAGCCGGAGGUCAAAAUCACUCCAGCCCUCUUACGAGCUGCACGAACAGAUCCAUCGGUUCUGACCGGUGUUGACAUGGGCAAGCAUGGUCCAGAUAGAGCUGAUCUCAUGCGAAACCACCCUGACCUACUCUCAUUCCCAAGCUUCCAGCGGAGCGAGUCCCGUCAGGGUGAGACGAAGCAGCCAGCGACCGGGUCAACUUCCGGCUACACUACGCUCGCGACCGGACCAGGUGCGCCUCGACCACUUACGGCUGGACCUCCAGGCCAGAGACAGCUUAAAGCUCCUAAUUUCGAGACCUGUAUCAAGCGCUUGCAGGACGGCAACGGCAAACCGUGGGGCCCGAUAGGACAAGAUAUCAAAUGCGAAUCAGACUUCAACGCUGCGGUUAGUAGCGGCAGACCAGCUAGCACACUCCCUUCUCGAGCUUUGUCUCCCUUGGAGACUCGCUCUCUGGCCGCUAAGGACCCCAUCGGUGGUGAGCUUGUGCUUCAUCAGUCCGCCUAUCAAUUCCAAGAGUCGUCGAGUAUUCGCAUUCAGGGUGUCCGCGACUCUCUCCCCGUGGAAGCAGCCGCCAGAUACUUCCCAAAUGGCUUCCCAACCAACUACAACUCUCACAAUGUGGAGCCAAUGUCUUCGAACUGGACAGAGAGAUAUCCGCUGCACGAUCGCAAGGACUGGUGCCGUACCCCCGAUGAAAUCCGGCGUCACAACGCCAAAGUGAACGCGAGCUUCUACAACGGCAACCCCCUUCUAGGCAAGACCAUGGAUGCAGCGUCCCGCGAGGCGCAGCGCCGAGACUUUGAUCGACAGCUCGGCGUCAACGACGAAGAAGGCGAGCGGGCGCUGAACCGGGAACUCGAGCUUGCCCAGACCUUCAACAUCUCCGGCGGCCGCAGGAUGGUCUACCCACACCUGUCAAUCGAAGAGGUUAACAGCCAGGACACCUGCGAGGCUGCCGAGCCGCUUCUGAACAUGGCUUUUGCGACUCUGCUGAGCUAUCAGGAAGACGAUGGCGAGAAGAAGACCUUGAGCGGCUGGGACAUUGACCCGCCCCCUUUUUAUAUCGACCGCAGCGCACGAGCGAGGUCAAGCAUCUUUGGAGAUGUCCCAGUGAGGCCGAGAACCUUGCGACCACGGACUAAUUAG